CUGCAACUGUUUAUACUGUCACAUGACCAACUUCUUCCUGUAGGCCCAGGCGAAGCAAACAUUUAAGGAGCGGACAAUAUCGUCAUAGCCAAUGUCUUCCUUUGACGCGCAAGCUUAUAUUCCUCAAGCUAUUGUUUAGCCAUAACGUGUAGGGGUUUACGUCCACAGAGAUACUUUGGAAAGUGCGCACAAUGGUAAACUAUGUUCACGCCACGUUUAGUUAUCAUGGUACUUGUGAGUGACGACACUGUCUACUCCUUCUAUACCCUGUCGAGUCAUGCGUCUUGAGGAGCGGGAACAUUUUGCAGUGUGAUUGAGAGUAACGCUUGGGAAAUAAGAAUAUCAGCAAUGGAUCCUUCGGAGGUAGAGUUCCUGGCAGAGAAGGAGAUGGUGAAGAUAAUACCAAAUUUCAGCCUGGACAAGAUUUAUUUGAUCGGUGGCGACCUGGGUCCCUUCAACCCCGGACUGCCUGUUGAUGUUCCCGUGUGGCUAGCUUUGAACUUGAAACAGAGACAGAAAUGUAGAAUCGUUCCCCCCGAGUGGAUGGAUGUUGAGAAACUAGAGGAGAUACGGGAGCUUGAGAGGAAAGAAGAUGCCUUUACAGCUGUUCCCAGUCCUUACUACAUGGAGCUGACCAAGCUGCUGCUAAACCAUGCAUCUGACAACAUUCCUAAAGCAGAUGAAAUCCGCACACUGGUCAAAGACAUCUGGGACACACGGAUCGCCAAACUCCGCUGCUCCGCCGACAGCUUCAUCAGUCAGCAGGAGGCUCAUGCCCAGCUGGACAACCUGACUCUAAUGGAGAUCAACACCAUCCGGUCAUUCCUCCUCGACUCUCUCAACUGCAUGUACAAACUACGUUCCAAUCUGCUGCCCGGUUCCAACAAAGGACAGUUUACGGAUUACUGAACCACAAGAUCAAGGCCUGCAGAACAGGUUUGGAUCAUGUCCAAAAAACUUGCAAAGGCUGGGGUUAAAUCUUUGGACUGAGUAUGGACCCUUCAUUACUGAAAAGCCAGUUUUCUCAGAAACUGAAGAAAGCAGAAAGUUUUACUUUUUAAGGGAUUAUAUUUCUUUUAGGGGAGACAUAUGUUAAUCUGUACAUAUUUAAAUAUGUGCUUAAUUAAUUUAGGAUGCUCAUUGUAUCUAAAAACCAGUCACGAUUUUUGUAUGUUUCAAUAUAUAACAAAAUAAAAUGUCUAGGGUA